AGAGUGCAGCGGAGCAGAAGCGUCUGCAGCCAGUGCUCUCGGGGGUUCGGGGCGCGGUGGGCACAGGCGACAUGGCGGGCAGAGCUCGAGGCAGGAGGGCGGCUGCGCACGGGGCCGGGGUGGCCCUCACGACGUUCCGGGUGCUGGUCGUGGCCGUCUGCUUGGUGUGCGCUGCCAGCGUCGCCGGAGCAGACCUGGACGCGCGGGCCGAGGCGGGCGCCGUGUACACGGAGGACCGUCUCUCGAGCUACGAGAGCGUGUGGGGCCAUGACGAGGCCGCCGGAGGGGUCGAUCGCAUCGCGGAUGGCGGCCUGGACCGGCUGGACCUCCUACAGGCCCUCAGAAACCGAACGGGUUCUCCGCGCUGCCGCCGAGCGCUCGACACCGUCCUGGAGGCCAGGGCACAACUCAGGAUAUGGGCGCUCAGAAUGGACUUCUCGUCGGUCGUGCUGCCGGGCGCCGUGCUCUCCGGCGCCAUGAGCCACCUGGGCGACUAUGACGCUUGCGUCGGCGUGCCGGACGCCAUAUACUGCCUGGUGGACGUUGAGAUUCGCCCACUGUCGUCCGGCAAGCCCCACAUUCUAGACGAGAAGAGCCCCUUCGAGUUUCCGAACGGACACAACGCUACGUUGUGGGAUGCGCUAAAGACGUCGGGCAACCGCCGCCGCUACCGUCGGGACUCGCAGCAGUGGGCGAUGUGUCUGCCCGCGGGUUGCGGCCAAAGGCGAGGGCGCGAGGAUCUAGGCUUGGACCUGGCGGCCGCGGUCAGCCCCAUGGGCAAGGCGCUGGGGGUCCAGCUUCGGCUGCACCUAGACCCCGCCGACUGCUCGCCAGACAGCGCCGACGCCGGCAGCGCUCCCACUACGCUGAGCGCCGCUCUAACCAGACCGCUAUUCCAAGUCGGAAGCCUGUUUAUCCUUCUGUUCCCCGCUCUCACGCUUGCCGCAUGCUUGAAGGAGGAUAUUUUCGACCGUGGGUCAGACGAGUUAAAGGGAGGAAAAGGUGCCGUGCAAUCAAUAUUGUCUUGUUUUAGCGUUCGGAAAAAUUGUCGCGCACUUAUGAAAAGGAAGAAUUCGAUGAUUCACGCAAUUCAAGGAAUUCGUGUCUUGGCCAUGUUCGGAGUCAUUGCUGGUCACAGGGCGCUUUUUCCGAACAUGGGGCCAAUUCUUAAUCCAGAGUUAUAUGAAAACGAAUUUCACACACCUGCUAUGAUGAUGGUAGUCAACGGAAACGUCAUCGUCACAGUAUUUUUUGUGAUAACCGGCUUCUUAGAGGCACGUGCUUGGCUGACAACGUAUGAAAAGCUGCCAUCAUUCAGUUAUGUGGUGGUGCUCGGGUCCUACAUCGGCAGAUGGCUCAGGCUGACUCCGGCGCUAGCCGUGAUGGUGGCCUUCGACGCGCUGUGGCUGGAGCACCUCGGCGCGGGGCCGCUCUGGAACCAGCACGUCGUGAAGGCGGAGGCGCAGGUCUGCAAGGACUACUGGUGGACCAACAUCCUCUACAUCAACAACUACUACGGUACUGGGUGCAUGAUGCAGACGUGGUUCCUGGCCGCCGCCCAGCAGAUGUCCCUCGUCACGCCGUUCGUCAUGUGGGCCGUGCACAGCCGCAGCAGCUCGGGGCGCUCGCCCUGGCGCGGCUGCGCGCCGCUGCUCCUGCUGCUCGCCGCGGCCUGCGCCGUGCUGUACGCCUGCACCGCGGCCUAUGCGCUGCUGCCCGCCACGCCCGUCUUCCCCAUGAUCCUGCAGCGGGGCAACCUGCUGCACAACGACAACUUCCUGAAGCAGUACCUGCCCACGCACACCAACGCUAUCUCCUACAUCGUAGGCCUGCUCGCUGGAGCCGUGGCCUACUUCGCUCGUGCAAGAGGGUGGUCCCCAUCGCAGUCCGCGCGCCGAGUGCUGUCCCUCGGCAUCCCAUUGGGGUACGUCCUCAUGAACGUGUCCAUCAUGCUGGGCGUCGUGUACCUCAUGUACGAGUCGGAGCGGCCUUGGCUGGAGGCCCUGUGGGCGCCCGCCAGGACGCUGGCGUUCUCCGUUCCCGUCGCCUGGGUCAUCGUCACCUGCAGCCUGGGCUGCGGAGGUCUGCUCGAGUGGUUUCUCAGCAGAACGCCAAUGCUCGUCCUGGGGCGCCUUGCCUACUGCGUCUACCUCUGCCACGUCACCUUGGUCAUCGCCACUUACGCGUACGCUCGACAGCCUCUCUUCGUCGGCAGAUACACCUUCUUUCAUGCAUGUGCGGGAGACAUCUUCCAGUCAUUCCUCUUCGGGUUCCUUCUUCACAUAACCGUCGAGGCACCCAUGUCCAAUGUUCUUAUGAUGUUGUAUUCUGGCGUUUCGAAAAAGAAUGUGGAGAAGCAAAGUGCAGUCGGGGAGAGCCCGGAUCAGCCGAUUUCCAUCUCUACCUUAGACGCUUCAGCAGUGGAAAGUCAAGUGUCAAAGUUGUAAUAAAAAGUGUACAUGCAUUUAUAUGUGCGCGGUUUCCGCCUACAAUGGAACGUAAUGUAUAAAAAUAAAUGAGGGUUUUGUACGAA